UAAAACUAGAGAACCUCGGUCCAGUAUGUAUACAAAAGAUAACAAUGAAAUAAGUCAUCAGAGAUCUACUGAGAAAAAAACGUUAACUUGCUCAGUCUGUGGUAAAAGGUUUUCUCAAGAUAUAGAUAUGCAGGCACAUAUGAGAACACAUACAGGAGAGAAGCCAUUUAGUUGCUCAGCCUGUGGCAAAAGCUUUUAUCAAAGAAGAGAUAUGCAGAGACACAUGAGAACACAUACAGGAAACAAGCCAUUCCCUUGCUCAUUCUGUGGCAAAACGUUUUCUCAAAGAGGAGAAAUGCAGAAACACACAAUAAGACAUACAGGAGAGAAACCGUUUAGUUGCUCAGUCUGUUGCAAAAAGUUUUAUCAAAGAAGAGAUAUGCAGAGACACAUGAGAACACAUACAGGAGAGAAGCCAUUCACUUGCUCAGUUUGUGGUAAAGGGUUUUCUCAAAGUGGAAACAUGCAGACACACUUGAGAACACAUACAGGAGAGAAGCCAUUUCGUUGCACCACCUGUGGUAAUGGGUUUAGUAGAGGCGAAAAUUUGAAAAAACACAUGAGAAUACAUACAGGAGAGAAGCCAUUCACUUGCUCAGUUUGUGGUAAAAGGUUUUCACAAAAUGGAAAUAUGCAGGCACACAUGAGAACACAUACAGGAGAGAAACCCUUUGUUUGCACAGUCUGUGGUAGUGCGUUUUCUCGAAGAGGAGAAAUGAAUAGACACAUGAAAACACAUACAGGAGAAAAACCCUUUAGUUGCUCAGUUUGUGGCAAAAGGUUUUAUCAAAGUAGAGAUAUGCAGAGACACAUGAGAACACAUACAGGAGAGAAACCCUUUAUUUGCACAGUCUGUGGUAGUGCGUUUUCUCGAAGAGUAGAAAUGAAUAGACACAUAAAAACACAUACAGGAGAAAAACCCUUUAGUUGCUCAGUUUGUGGCAAAAGUUUUUAUCAAAGUAGAGAUAUGCAGAGACACAUGAGAACACAUACAGGAGAGAGACCGUUCAAAUGCACAGUCUGUUUUAAAGGGUUUAAUAGAAGCGGAAAUUUGAAGACACAUAUGAGAAUACAUAUGGGUGAGAAACCAUUUGCUUGCUCAGUCUGUGGCCAAAGGUUUUCUCAAAGACGAUAUAUGCAGACACACAUAAGAACACAUACAGGAGAGAAACCUUUCACUUGUUCGGUUUGUGGUAAAGGGUUUUCUCAAAAAAGACUCAUGCAGACACACAUGAGAACGCAUACAGGAGAGAAGCCAUUUAGUUGCUCAGUCUGUGGUAAAGGGUUUUCACAAAAUGGAAAUAUGCAGGCACACAUGAGAACACAUACAGGAGAAAAACCAUUUAGUUGCUCAGUCUGUGGUAAAGGGUUUUCUCAAAAAAGAGUGAUUCAAACACAUAUGAGAAUACAUACAGGAGAGAAACCUUUCACCUGCUCUGUUUGUGGUAAAGGGUUUUCUGAAAAUGGAAAUAUGGAGAUACACAUAAGAACACAUACAGGAGAGAAACCUUUUAGUUGCACUGUCUGUGACAAAGGGUUUAGUAGAAGCGAUCAUUUGAAGUCACAUGUCAGAAUACAUAUGGGUGAGAAACCAUUUGCUUGCUCAGUCUGUGGCAAAAGGUUUUCUCAAAGAAGAGAUGUGCAGACACACAUGAGAACACACACAGGAGAGAAACCUUUCACUUGCUCGGUGUGUGGGAAAAGGUUUUCUCAUAAAAGAGUUAUGCAGACACACAUGAAAAUACAUACAAGGGAGAAAAUCGGAAUUGGUGUCAAGAUUGUGGUGAAGGGUAUCUGCAAAAGAACUGUCAGACAAAGUACAUGACAUCACAGAAGAAAAUGGGAUUAGUUGGCUCAUCUUGUGAAAAAAAAAAGUUCACAUGCCAUGAUCAGAUCAU